UAUUUAAUUUAUUUUUCUAACAUCCAAACCGAUAGUAUUCAAAUACAAAUGAUUGAGGCCUCAAAAUAAUCAUCCAGAGCAUCCCACAUUGAUCCAUCCUUGGAAAAUGGCUCCAUACCAGAUUUUGCUUGGCAUCCUCCUUGUUUUAGUUGGGUGUUUUUCGCUAUGUUUUCUAAGAGGAAAAUCAGUCGACAAGCCUUACAAGGGCCCUGCGAUCUAUCCCAUAAUCGGUUCUGCCUUGGGAUACAUUCAAAAUCAUGACAGGUUUCUGGAAUGGUUCACAGAAACAAUGGAGAAGAUGCCAACAAAUACUUUCAGGCUCGAACGGCCGGGUGGAAUCAAAGAUAUCAUGACUGGAAAUCCUGCAAACAUAGAGCAUAUACUCAAGACCAAAUUUGAAGAUUACCCAAAGGGAGAACGCUUUACAAAUAUUCUCCACGAUUUCUUAGGCCGAGGAAUUUUCAACGUGGACGGCGAGCUAUGGAAGAUGCAGAGAAAAACCGCAAGCCUUGAGUUUAAAACCAAGUCUCUGAGAAGCUUCGUGGUGGAGACGGUGCAGUGCGAGAUUCAGAAUCGCCUCUUGCCAGUGCUCUCAAAUGCAUCCAAAACAGGUAAAACUCUAGAUUUGCAAGACAUUUUGCAGAGAUUUGCAUUUGAUAAUAUUUGCAGCGUAGCAUUUGGAGUGGAUCCCAAGUGUCUACUCCCCUCCAUGCCAAAUCCACCUUUUGCCAAGGCUUUUGAUGAUGCUACUGAACUUAGCGCCGCUCGGUUCUACUCUGCUCUUCCUUUCUUGUGGCAACUGCAGCGCAUGCUCAACAUGGGCACUGAAAAGCGUUUGAGGGAAGCCAUUAAAGAAGUGGAUGAAUUUGGCAUGGAUGUGGUGAGAAGUAGAAGGAAGGAAAUUUCAGAGAAUGGAAUACUCUCUGAAAGAGAGGAUCUGCUUUCAAGGUUCAUGGCGGCUCUUUUAAACAAUGCAGAUGAAUUAGGGAUAGAUGAUUUGAAGCAAUCCAGUGGUAAGAUGGAUGUAUUUUUGAAGGAGAUGGUGGUGAGCAUUUUGUUGGCAGGGAGGGAUACCACGUCUGCUGCUCUCACAUGGUUUUUCUGGCUUCUCUCUACCCAUCAGAGUGUAGAGGAAGCCAUUCACGCUGAAAUUUCAGGCAUCUUGGCCAAGAGAGAAGAAGCACUAUCUGCUGAUGAUGAUGGAGGGAUUUGUUUCACCUUUGAAGAAUUGAAGGAUAUGCAAUAUCUGCAUGCUGCUCUGUGCGAGUCAAUGCGUCUGUACCCUCCUGUGCCCGUUGAUGUCAAAGUUGCCUCCAAAGAUGAUGUUUUACCUGAUGGGACUUUUGUGGGGAAGGGAUGGCAUUUGAGUUACGUUGGCUAUUCGAUGGGCAGGAUGGAAAAUAUAUGGGGGAGUGAUUGUUUGAAGUUUAAACCAGAGAGAUGGUUGAAAGAAGGGGAAUUUGUGGGAGAAAAUCCGUAUAAAUUUCCUGUAUUUCAUGCGGGACCUCGGAUAUGCCUGGGUAAGGAGAUGGCAAUGAUACAGAUGAAAUCAAUUGUGGCUUCUAUUAUUCAUACUUUUCAUUUUGUGAUAGAAGAUGCGAUUACGUCUCCGGAUUAUGUGGUGUCUCUUACCAUGCGCAUGAAAGGAGGACUGCCUGUUGUUGUAAGAUGUAGGAAACCCAAGCAUUAAAAUAACCCAAAAUCUGAUCUCUCUCCAUGUUCAGUGUUAGUUGAAGUUAAGAUUAUGUGAAUGUAUUCACUCAUUUCAUGUAAACGUCAUAGUACUUUGAAUCAUCUAGUAAGUAUAUUCCAUUGUAAAUGGUGUUAAAAUAAAAGUGGGAUCCAUUCUAGCUUCAAUUCCAUAGGGCAAAGCUUGUAGCAUCAGGUCUAUCGAGUCCAAGAUACAGUGAAACAGGGAUCUUGAGAAAUGUUCUUGUUGUGGGUCUCUCUCUUUUUUUUUCUUUAUCUGUACUUGCAUACUUUAAGGGCUAUGGAGUUUCACUGCCUUCAAAUUUUAUCA